CCAUCGUGUUCGAAGUAGAGCGUUCCGUCCGUCAAGUUGUUGACCAUCUCAAUAAGCUCGGUGAUCCUUCCACAGGAUUGUCCCACUUGCAAGUUGCCAAACGAAAGGGCACCACCUGUGAAGCUGGUGACAGCGGACCCGACGGUAAGAGUUCCGAUCGACCUAUGUAGCCAUUUGGACAUAGUCGUCAGCGGCCGGUGGUAUUUCAACCAUCAGAAAGGCAUAUCAUGAGCGAGUACUACGACGCUGGCUUCGACGUCGACGCCUACUUGGCGUCUCGUCCUCGCUACCCCGCAUGCAUCUACGACCGUAUCCUCGGCUUCCAUGUCGGACGGACGGAGAGGCUGCUUGACCUCGGCUGCGGCCCAGGCCAAGCUUCCUGGCCCUUGCUCGACCACUUUGAAAAUACUUUGGGCCUCGACCCGGGAGAGAAGAUGGUGCAAUCGGCCCAGUCAGCACUAAAGGACCUCGAGCGCAAGAGGGCCAAGUCGUAUCAGGACCGGGUCCAGUAUCGGGUCGGGUCAGCUGAGAAGCUCGAGGGCGUCGAGGACGGGAGUGUCGACGUCGUCGUGGCGGGGACGGCGGCUCAUUGGUUUGAGUACGAGAAGAUGUGGCAGGAGGUCCAGAGGGUCACCAGAAAAGGGUCCACCGUAGCUUUUUGGACGUAUGACAUCGCCUACCCGAAGGAGCACGGUUCACUUGCAAAAAUCGUGUCUGACAGCGCCUACGUGGAUCUCAAGCCCUUACUCAACGAGCCGGGGAGUAGCAUCAUCAGGAGUCUCUAUCGCAAAGUGCCCCUGCCGGCGGACACCAAUGCGUGGGAAGAGUCAAGUCUGCAGACUUAUCCCGUCUCCGAAGACGACUUCGUUCCCGUCUUGCCCCCACAGAGGGGCAGAGAGGGAAAUUGGGAGCUUCUUUUUGAGGAUGUGACGACGUGGAAGGAGCUCGCGGCCGUACGAAGAACCAAUUCGAGCUACCUGAAUUGGUGCCGGCUCAACCCUGGUGUGCCCCAAGAGCAAGACAUUGCAAGCAUACAAGUUGGGGCGAUGCGAGCGGCGGUGCUCAAGGAACGCAAGGAACGGGGAAUUGGGUUAGAGGAAGGGCUCGACGAUGAACAUGUACGCAUGAUGAGGCCAAUGGGUCUGCUCCUGCUUAGGAGGCGCUAAUGAGAAUAAGAAUUCGGAAGGGCA